CUACGUCCAUACAAAGAUUGUAUGGCUCUGAAAGCAUCUCCAGUAUCCCGUACCCCCACAGCAUCUCCCCAAAGGGUUUUGGGGGACAAAGUUGAGCUGCGGUCACGGCCACAGACCUUCCAGAGAUCUUGGGGAACCUCCAAGCCAACUUAAUGAGGAACACCAGGGGCCGCUGCAGACACAUGCCCCAGGUUGCCCCUCUGAGCUGGGGCUACGACCUGGAGCGCGCCCACCCUUCAUCCGUCUACAGGUACGACUACGUGCUGGCAGCCGAUGUGGUCUACCAUCACGACUUCCUGGACGAGCUCUUGGUCACCAUGAAGCAUUUCUGCAAACCAGGAACAAAGCUGAUCUGGGCCAACCAGGUCCGGUUAGAAUCCGAUCUGGUGUUCACGGAGAACUUUAAGAAAGCCUUCCACACAAGUCUACUUGCUGAGGAGGGGGAGAUGAAGAUCUACAUGGCAACGAGCAGGGAAGGAGACGGAGGUGACAGGAAUAGACCGAGCAUGCCCACAGGAUGCCGGCUAAAAGCCUGAGGGUUAAGGGACUUAAUGUUGGACCAUCUGUUUGUUUUUUGCAAUUGUAAUUGGACGCCCACUGACUUGCUCCAACAUUGGGAGACAUGGAAGAAGAGCUCGGUUUUGCAAAAA